GGACGACCUAAGGAAAAUAACGAAAGUUACCAGACUGCUAACUCGAUCCGGAGUAGCUGGAAGUUGUCUCUGAGCUGGUGGAUACCAGGACACGUCUUGACUCGGGAGAAGAGUCGUCGUUGGUGCGCUUCUGCCGGGUUCUCUACCCGGGGUUCGUUGGCCAUGCGCUUUGUCAGAACCAGCAAGGCCCCGCUACUAACCGAAUAUCAUUUUAACCUCCAACGAACGCUGCAUCUGACCCCUUCUGGUGUCUUCCAGAGCAGGAUGAUAAGUCCAUUCGGAGGCUCGCAACAGCGUUCCACUGCCAACGGCCCCCAUGGGACGUGA